UCCAGGCAAGGAUACUGGAAUGGGCUGCCAUUUCCCUCUCUAGGGGAGCUUCCCGACAAAGGGCUCGAAGCUGCAUCUCCUGCUUGGCAGGCGGGUUCUUUAUCACUGAGGCACCUGAGAAUUCCUGAAGUGAAGUGUAGUGAAAGUGAAGUCGCUUAGUCGUGUCCGACUCUUUGCCACCCCAAGGACUGUAGCCCGCCAGGCUCCUACGUCCAUGGAAUUUCCCAGGCAAGAGUACUCGAGUGGGUUGCCAUUUCCUUCUCCAGAGAAUUCCUGAAGUGUACAUGAAUUUAAUUUAUGGCGAGGUUUCUUUAACCUGGAGAUCCCAGUUGGGGGGAGGGGAGGGGAGUGGGCAUUUUUCCCCCCCCCAAAGUAAAGUGUACGGAGCGUAGGGUGUCUGGAGAAACGGAGUCGCAUAGGACUUGCGCGACCCGCAGUGCGUGCAGCCUGUGGAGGACGCUCCUCUAGGGGUGGGCCGGAGUAGUCCUGCAGUGAAUGGCGGUGCUUAAGUGUCGCUCCCAGCGCGGGCCAAUCAGAAAAGUGGAGAGGCGGGGACCCGAGUCGCGAUUGGCUGGCCCCGGGGUAAUCGGGAGAGCCCGGACUUGGCGGGAGUCUAGACCGCCGCCAGGCUCGCAGAGUCCCAUCCCGGGGUGUCCAGGCGCCGCGGUCAUGUUCGUGUCCGACUUCCGCAAGGAGUUUUACGAGGUGGUCCAGAGCCAGAGGGUCCUUCUCUUCGUGGCCUCGGACGUGGACGCUCUGUGCGCUUGCAAGAUCCUUCAGGCCCUGUUCCAGUGUGACCACGUGCAGUAUACACUGGUUCCAGUUUCUGGGUGGCAAGAACUUGAAACUGCAUUUCUAGAGCAUAAAGAACAGUUCCGCUAUUUUGUCCUCAUAAACUGUGGCGCCAACGUGGAUCUGCUGGAUAUCCUUCAACCCGAUGAAGAGGCCGUGUUUUUCGUGUGUGACACUCACAGGCCAGUCAAUGUCGUGAACGUGUACAACGACACCCAGAUCAAACUGCUCAUUAAACAAGAUGAUGACCUUGAAGUUCCGGCUUAUGAAGACAUCUUCCGGGAUGAAGAGGAGGAUGAAGAACAUUCGGGAAAUGAAAGCGAUGAGGGCUCAGAGCCCUCUGAGAAGCGCACACGGCUAGAGGAGGAGAUCGCAGAGCGAACCCUGAAGAGAAGGCAGCGGAGAGAGUGGGAGGCCCGGAGGAAAGACAUCCUCUUUGACUACGAGCAGUACGAGUAUCACGGGACAUCGGCGGCCAUGGUGAUGUUCGACCUGGCGUGGCUGAUGUCCAAGGACCUGAGCGACAUGCUGUGGUGGGCCAUCGUUGGACUCACGGACCAGUGGGUGCAAGACAAAAUCACCCAGGUGAAGUACGUGACCGACGUGGGCGUGCUGCAGCGGCAUGUGUCCCGGCACAGCCACCGGCACGAGGAUGAGGAGCACGCGCUCUCCGUGGACUGCGCGCGCAUCUCCUUCGAGUACGACCUCCGCCUGGUGCUCUACCAGCAUUGGUCCCUCCACGACAGCCUGUGCAACACGUGCUACACGGCAGCCAGGUUCAAGCUCUGGUCCCUGCACGGGCAGAAGCGGCUGCAGGAGUUCCUCGCGGAUGUGGGUCUCCCCCUGAAACAGGUGAAGCAGAAGUUUCAGUCCAUGGAUGUCUCCUUGAAGGAGAAUUUGCGGGAAAUGAUUGAAGAGUCUGCAAAUAAGUUUGGCAUGAAGGACAUGCGUGUCCAGACUUUCAGCGUCCACUUUGGCUUCAAGCACAAGUUCCUGGCCAGCGAUGUGGUCUUCGCCACAAUGUCGCUGAUGGAGAGCCCCGAGGACGGCUCCGGGACAGACAGCUUCACGCAGGCCCUGGACAGCCUCUCCAGGGGUAACCUGGACAAGCUCUACCGCGGCCUGGAGCUCGCGAAGCAGCAGCUGCGUGCCACGCAGCAGACCAUCGCCAGCUGCCUCUGCACCAACCUUGUCGUCUCCCAGGGGCCCUUCCUCUACUGCUCCCUCACGGAGGGCACCCCGGACGUGGUGCUGUUCUCCAAGCCCGCCUCCCUGAGCCUGCUCAGCAGACACCUGCUCAAGUCCUUCGUGUGCUCGACAAAGAACCGGCGCUGCAAGCUGCUGCCCUUGGUGAUGGCCGCCCCCCUGAGCGCGGAGCAGGGCACUGUGACCAUGGUGGGCAUCCCCCCAGAGACCGACAGCUCGGACAGAAAGAACUUUUUCGGCCGGGCGUUUGAGAAGGCAGCGGAGGGGACCAACUCCCGGGCGCUGCACAACCACUUUGAUCUCUCAGUGAUGGAGCUGAAAGCUGAGGACCGCAGCAAGUUCCUGGACGCACUCGUGACCCUGCUGUCCUAGGAGUUUGAUUUCUUCAGAAGUCACCUCCUCCUCCUUAUUUAUGCUGACUGGUUUUUACUUAGGUUGUAAGUCACGGACGUGGUUUUAGACACAGGGACAAUGGUUUUUAAUGGAAUAAAAUGGCGCCCUAAUUUUGGGUCUGGUCACAGGGCCAGCA